AAUCGGACCCAUUAGACCCGUAACUCGAGCUGUGUCACCCUUGGGUGGGUCUCGGGGUGGGUAGGAGCGGUCGCAGCGCAGGGUCGUGGCUCACGAGGUGGGUCACACAGGUGCCCGACGAAGUGAGCUGACAUAUGUAGAAAUGAAGAGAGGUGAGAACGACUUCAAGAUCGCUUUCUCACGAUCUUAAAAGAAAGAGGAGCUAAUAGGUUGUACAAGCUCUGCUUUGCUCUGGCCUGGCCAUGAUCAUCAUCAUCAUCAUCUUCUUCUUCUUCUUCUUCCUGCUCCCCCAUUGAUGAGCCAGCAAAUCCAGAGGAGAACCCGGCUUAAGGGGAGGAGGGAAGACAUGAGGGAGUGAGGGAGGUCUCCUUAUCUGGUCACCACCAUCACCAUGAGCAACAAACCCAUGUUCGUCAAGACGAGAGUUGUCGGCAGACUGCUGAUAUCGCGAGUCAACAUGGCUUUUACGACCCAAGUCAGGCCAUGGAGCUAACGAAUUGUUGUCACAAGACGACCAAGUGUUAUUGACUUUGUACGACUGGAGCGAGUCCUGAGAAGCACGUACUUCUAAUUGUCUUGGGAGCUGUUGAUUAGGUUCUCUCGCCAACAUUGGCAAUCCAAAGUAAGAGUAACAAGCCUUAUGCUUACAUGCACAGAGUGCAAGUGGCAACUUGUACAAACGAGAUAAGCCAUAAUUGUUCUGAAUCAUUCGGAAUGAGCUCGAUAUUCCGAGGGUAUUUUCCGAUGCCCAUCCUAAAAUCCAUAGCUAUACCAUCUAGAAAGAAGGACCCAUAUGGAUGCCCAAGAUCAUCGCUCCCGCGCUUUCUCCGCCGCUUUCGACCAAUGGUUAUCCCAGGUUUCUCCGUCUCCGUGAGGCGAAGAUCUGCAAAAUGCGAGCUGGAAGAAGGGUGAAGAGCACCAAAGAGGGAUGGGCCAUGGCUCUACCCACUCACCCAUUCACUCACUCGCACCUUAUCCCAACGACGAGAAACCCGACACGAGAGAAUGGACAAUCGACGAGCUCGCUCUCGCCAAGUUCGGGAGGGGGCUGUCUGGUUGGCUGCUGCGAACAUAAACAAGAAUCACCUUUCCCAUGAUCUUCCAACAGAUACACACGCACACACCCACACCAUCUCACCCAGAGCAGACACAGAACAAGGAGGCUCGAGAACGCCAAGUUAGUUUAGAGAGGGACAGAGCGAGGUAAAUCAUUCUCAAACGAAACCUAGACAGAACAACACCUCGAUUGCACCCUCUGUCAAAUGCAAGCACAACAAUAACAUAUAUCAUCAUCAACCACAACAACAACGACGACGACGACGACGACAACAACGAAGACUACAACUAUGGUGAAGCAGUUGACUUUCGAAACCAGUUACCGUACAAAAAUGGCUCUGGAGGAUCUGGAGGUCCCAUUGCGAUGCCACAAACGGACCAUGCGGCCUCGACUUCCCCGAAAACUAACCUCGGCGGCCCGGAUCAACCUUAACCGCUUCUGGAAUGAACUCGAGGAUUUCUACCAUCGCUUCGAUGAUCGGCGAUUCCGGGAUCACGUCCAGCAUCUGCCCGCCCAAUCCGUGGAUACGUUGGAAGUCGUCAGCUACACAACGGAUGGCUUCGAUCACGAGCGAGAGACGGCUGAAAACCGUCUCAACGAACUUCUCGAGCAACAAUGGCUUGAGGAGCAAAGAGUUAAUCAAUCUCUGAUCAAAAGUCAGUUACCUCCUGCUCGAAAUAUCCUUCCCUUGCCGCCCAAGACCCCUCUAGGACGAUUCAGAUUGGAAUCCUAUGACGUUCCUGAUGAAGAGACAUGUUCGUUGGGAUCUUCGUCGUCAUCGUCAUCCUCCUCCGCCUCCAAUAGCUCGUCAUCCUCAAGAUGCUCCUCACCUGUUGCCUUCUGGAAUGUCUUUGAUACUCGGUCAGCCUUUGAGCUGGAUGAUGACGACCAGGAGGAUGAAAGGGUUCCAUUUCCCAAGCCUCCCAGCACUUUGAUCGACCUGGCGUCGCUCAUGAACAAGAGCAACUACUUCUAAGAAAGAAUGAUUCUCUGCAUGCUGUCAGUUCAAAUGCCUGUCUUCCAUCGGUCUCAUUGCAUACUGUGAUAAAUAAACUUUGUACCAAUGCUCAA